UGUAGGGUUUGUGACGUGCUUCCGUGUAUCCAGGCGCAUGCGCAGGAUUCUCCCGGAAGCACUAGUUUUAGUGCCUCGAGCUGGUGAGCCUUUCCAGCGUGAGCGUUCCUCGGCUUUCUAGCCAUUUUCCGAAGCACUUCUAGCCGUUCUCCAGAGCGCUUCUGGCCAUUCUCUGGAGUACAAAAGCAUUAUCCUUCGCCAGGCUUCUGAACUUCACAGCCACCGGCCACCUGCCUGCUUCCGAAGACCACUGCAAUCGACUCAGCCAUGGCCUCAGAGAAAGGCUUCUAUAUCGUUCCUGAGGAGGUUCCUGCCGAUCUCCUGGAGCUGCAGCCACUACAGCCAUUCAGUGUAGACGGAGCUGCCUUGGAGGUGGGAGCGUUCCAAACCGUGGAGUUACAUGAAGAUGGUGGUGUUGGUGUCAGCUGGGCACAGGAUGGCCACCUCAGCUCUGAUCUCUAUGAGCUGCAGCCGUUUGCCAGCAGUCUAAAUAACAGAGACCACGACGAAGACAAGAUCAUUGUGGAGAUGCGAGAGGAGGUGGUGGACUACGAGGACACAGAUGCCCUCCUAGCCAAGACGGUCUUCAACCAAGAUGGCUGCCUCCAGUCCACGAUGACCUCUUUGCCAGGCUGCACAGUGGCAGAGAGUGACCUAGGGCAGAACAGCCUCAGUGGCGGGAAUCUCUGUGAUGUGAGCAGCAUUCUCGAGGCCAGCGCCGAAGGAGUCUGGUGCCCUGAGCCUGUUGACAAUCAGUGGAAGCAGAAGCAGGUACAAAUGGAAGACCCCUGGGGAGAUUUGCCCUUUGCAAUGUGGGCAACCAACGAUGAAAAUGAAGAGCCUGAGGCCAAUAAAGAGUCCACGAAUUCACCACUUGAUUAUUCCGAGUACAUGAAGGGGAAGAAGUUUCCUCCUGAAGGAAUACCUGGAAUUGAUCUGUCUGAUCCCAAGCAAUUGGCAGAAUUUACCAGCAUGAAACUGAAAAAACCCAAAGGAGACUUUCCAAGACCAAUACCUUGCUCACAUGAAAGCUGUGGGAAGAUGUUCAAGGAUAGUUCCACUAUGAAAAAGCACCUGCACAUCCACGGUCCUAAAGUACACACGUGCGCAGAAUGUGGCAAAGCAUUUGUCGAAAAUUCAAAACUAAAACGUCACCAGCUGGUUCAUACUGGAGAGAAGCCCUACCAGUGUACCUUUGAAGGCUGCGGAAGACGUUUUUCCCUGGAUUUCAAUUUGCGCACACAUGUGCGAAUCCAUACCGGAGACAAGCCCUUCGUGUGCCCAUUUGAAGGCUGUAGUAGGAAGUUCGCCCAGUCAACAAAUCUGAGAUCGCACAUUCUAACCCAUGUCAAGAGCAAGAGUGACCGUUGA